AUGGGAAAAAAGUUUGAUGCGCUACUUGGCCGGAAAUUUAAAACCUCAAAGCUUAAAACCACCCUAAACCUUGCCAUCCCCCGCCUUUCACAACUCAAAAAGCAUCGCCUUGCAAGGUUUACCAUCGCCCACUCCGAUGUCAUCCAACUCCUCCGCCUUAACCACCACCAACAAGCCCUCCUUCGGGUUGAGCAAGUGAUCAAGGACCAAAACAUGUUGGAUGUGUAUGACAUGAUACAUGGCUAUUGCAAUCUCCUCAUACAAAGGAUCAACCUCAUAGAACAAGUCAAUGAAUGUCCAAAAGAAUUGGAAGAGGCAGUAUCAAAUCUAUUAUAUGGGGCUCCAAGAUGUGGGGAGUUUCCAGAACUUCAAGAGAUUCGUGCGAUUUUAACGAGUCGUUUUGGAAAAGAAUUUGCUGAGGGUGCUAGCGAGUUACGAAGAAACUGUGGAGUUAGUCAAAUGAUGAUACAAAAACUGUCACCCGCACAAUCGACUUUGGAAUGCAGAAUGAAGAUACUUAUGGAUAUUGCCAAAGAGAAUGGUAUAAUUUUGCAACUAGAUAUAUAUUCUCCCGAGAUAAGAAAGGAGAAAGUGGUGGAGAAAAAGAAAAUUGAAAAUAAAAUGAAUUUCUCUGAGUCAAAAAAUUAUAAAGAUGCAGCAGAAGCAGCACAAGAUGCAUUUGAAUCAGCGGCUUAUGCUGCAAUUGCCGCCAGAGCAGUUGUGGAACUCGCUCGCUCAGAGUCAUUUGUUUCUGAUAGUUCAGAUUCAAAUUCAGACGAAAAUGAAUCAUUUCAUUCUGCUAAAGAUUAUAUUACUUCACAAGGACAACAAGUAAAUUUAGAAAAUAAGCUAAAUUCUACAGGGAUCAAACGAUUGCAUAGGCAAUAACCGGUGGAAGUAGCUUAUUGUUUUUUUAAGGUUUCUUUCAUUUAUGGUGGUAAUUAAUAAAUUAAAUGCUUUUUGGUAUCUAAAAGUUUGUAUUUUAGCUAUUCGACUUUUGUAUAUAGGAAAUUUUACAAUUUGGUAUUAUGUUGAAAAUCGGGAUAUUUUGUAGAGCUUGAAUUAGAAAAUAUUCAACAUUGCAUUUUUACUA